UGCAUUUUCCAUUAUGCCGAUCAGCUGAGUUGGUUGUCGACUUCUCCAGAACUUUUAAGUAUCUCAUAUUCUCAUUCGAUCAGGUGAUGUCGAGCUGAACGGAUCACCCCUUACAAACAGUUUACAAAUUCUCUUGUAUCUGAGAAAUAUAGAAAAACAGUAACAACAGUCUUAAUACUUUUCGUGCUGAACUUGAUUUUAUACACAGCCAGAUACAAAGAAAAAAUGGAUUCUCGUCAAUUUGGAGUUUUGCUUGUGGCGGUCUUUCUUAUAAUUUUGGCGCCAAUCGGAAAUGCAGAGGGAACUCAAAAUGCAACUGAUGUUCUAUCAGCGACGAUGGUAAGUACAGACACGUCCAUAGCGUCCACGGAAAACCCUACUUCCAUGCAAAAUUCAUCCACCAGUGGCAUUGUAUCGUCGUCCACAAUCGAAACUCCUAGUUCUACCAUUCCGGAGGUGAUAAAGACUCCAGCUGUAUCUUUGUCAGCUUCUACAACUACAGGAAAUCAGGCUAUUACUGCUAGCCCAGCCAAUGCCACCAAUAACCCAGUUACGAACGAUCAUGGUAUCCGUGACGUCUCUUCCGAUAAGGAAAAAUGCUCAACUACUUUCAAGGCUAUGCUGGAAAAAGAAAAGGAAAACUGGAUUCUGGAAAAAGCUUUUCUGUCUGUGUCGGGUGAUGAUUCUACCCUCACUCUCGAGCAGUUUUGCAAACAAUUGCAGACCAUCAUGCGACUAGACAUCAUUUGUAACAAUGGGAAGAAUGCAACGGAUGCAACGGAUGCGGAAGAUGUUAAGGUUGCUCCAAUUGUUGCCGGUUUAGCUUCGAUGUUUACCUCCGUUUGCUCUGACCCGAAGACUCGACUUAAUGUGACUGUUGGAGAUUCUACCCCUUGCGUUGAAUUCAUUCGCACAACAGCCAAAAGUUGUUCGUCAGCUUCUGUUACGAAAGCCGUCCAUGUCUAUCCAACUCAGGUGCUCUUCGAAGAAAUGACCCGCGAUAACUGCACGGUGGUGGUCACUACAAAAGAUUGUAUCACCAAGGCAUUGGAACAAAAUGAAAAGUGUUCUCCAGAACAGAAAAAUGUCAUCAUUGACGCAAUGACAAAGAUGACCAAAGGGCUGCCGUGUGUUCUUCCCCAUUCCGCAGAUGCUGCCACCUCGGCGCCGGCGAUAACAGGGCCGUCUGUCACCACCCCAAAAACUCCUGGUAAUGCUGGCAUGAAUUUCCAGGUGAACUUUUUCACCAUAUUUCCAGUCUUAUUGUUGGCUUUCAAGUUUUACUAAGUUCAAAGAUUUCAUCUAGAAAAAUGGUUUUAAGCGAAAAAUCGAAUCUUUUUUUUUUCUUCAGUCUUUUGCGUUUGAGUUCAUUUAACUUUAACCAAAUUUCAAAAGCACUAUUUGGCGAUGUAAAAAUAUUAAGCAAUGUAUUUUUCGUCUGUGCAAUUCUUGCUUUCCAAUGUGCGUUUCAAUUGCACUUUUUGUGAGAUUUGCACUGCUGCACGCAGAAAAUUUAACCUAGCUCCAUUUCAGUCAUGUAUAAUAUCUCAGAUGUAUCGAAUACAAAUUACCCAUGUCGUUA